AUGGGCGCGGCGGGCUCGCAGCUGCUGGGCCGCCUCGGGGGCCCGCGCCGGGACGCGCUGCCCGGGGCCGCCUGGCUCGGGGCGGCCGCGCUGGGCCUGGGCGCCGCGGCGCUGGGCACGGUGCUCUGGCGGCGGCGGGCCCGGCGGCCCCGGCGGCGGCGGCAGGUGGGCACCGUGGCCGAGCUGUGGAUCUUCCCCGUCAAGUCCUGCAAGGGGGUGCCGGUGAGCGAGGCCGAGGGCACGGCGCUGGGGCUGCGCUGCGGCCGCCUGCGGGACAGGUUUUGGCUGGUGAUUAAGGAAGACGGACACAUGGUCUCAGCCCGGCAGGAACCGCGCCUGGUCCUGGUCUCCAUCGCCUACGAGGACGACUGCCUGGUCUUCAGCGCGCCUGGCUUCGCCGAGCAGCUGGUCUUGCCCACCAAGCUGCCUUCCUCCAACCGGGUGCACAACUGCAGGAUCUUUGGCCUGGACGUUAAGGGCAGAGACUGCGGCGACAAGGCUGCCCAGUGGUUCACCAGCUUCUUGAAGUCAGAGCCCUUCAGGCUGGUUCAGUUUGAGCAGAGCAUGAAGGGAAGGGCAUCCAGGAGCAUUUUCCCGUCUUUUGUGCAGAAGUACCAGGUGGCGUACUCGGACUGCAGCCCAAUCCACAUCAUCUCCGAGGCCUCCCUGGCCGACCUGAACACCAGGCUGGAGAAGAAGGUGAAGAUGGACCAGUUCCGGCCCAACAUAGUGGUGACGGGCUGCGAGGCCUUUGAGGAGGACACCUGGGAUGAAAUCCAGAUUGGCAGCAUGGAAAUGAAAAAGGUUUUGGCUUGCCCCAGGUGCAUCAUGACCACGGUGGACCCCGACACCGGAGUGAUAAACCGGAAGGAGCCCCUGGAGACCCUGAAGAGCUACCGUCUGUGUAAUCCUUCGGAGCAGCCAAUCUACAAGUCGUCCCCGCUGUUUGGGAUGUAUUAUUCGGUGGAAAAAAUGGGAAGCUUGAAAGUGGGCGACCCCGUGUACAAGAUGAUGUAA